CGUUGUGUCACUUGGGAAAAAAAUAAUUUGCAAGGAACGACGACGUACGAUUUUCAUUGGAAAAGCAAUCAAAGAAUAUUGUGUAGAACACUGGCGAAUCGGAGCAGACGAAACGGAGAAACGUGCGAAAUUGUUUUGUGAUCCCAAACAAGCGAAUUGCGAAUUGCCAGAGGGCAAAAUCAAGUUGCCUGCCUGCAGAAUAGAAAAACCGAUUUUCAGUGCGUGUGUGUGAGCGCAGCAGCAGCAACAGCGGAAAAAAUGGCAGCGAGCGACAAAUCGGUCGACGAUUCUCUAUAUCCCAUUGCGGUCCUGAUCGACGAACUCAAGAACGAGGAUGUUCAGCUGCGGCUUAACUCCAUUAAGAAGCUGUCCACCAUCGCCCUGGCUUUGGGCGAGGAACGCACAAGAUCCGAGUUGAUUCCCUUCCUCACUGAGACCAUUUACGAUGAAGACGAGGUGCUGUUGGCUCUGGCCGAUCAACUGGGCAACUUUACAAGUCUUGUCGGCGGACCCGAGUUUGCCAUGUACUUGAUCCCGCCCCUAGAGAGUCUGGCCACCGUGGAGGAGACUGUGGUGCGGGACAAGGCCGUAGAAUCUCUGCGCACCGUGGCCGCCGAGCACAGUGCCCAGGAUCUGGAGAUCCAUGUGGUUCCGACCCUACAGCGUCUGGUGUCCGGCGACUGGUUCACCUCACGCACCUCCGCCUGCGGCCUCUUUUCGGUCUGCUAUCCGCGGGUCACACAGCCGGUGAAGGCCGAGCUGCGCGCCAACUUCCGCAAGCUCUGCCAGGACGAGACCCCCAUGGUGCGUCGGGCAGCUGCCAACAAGCUGGGCGAGUUUGCCAAGGUCGUGGAGACCGAGUAUCUCAAGUCCGACUUGAUUCCAAACUUUGUGCAACUGGCUCAAGAUGAUCAGGACUCUGUUCGUCUGCUGGCUGUGGAGGCUUGUGUCAGCAUUGCCCAGUUGCUGCCCCAGGACGAUGUGGAGCACCUGGUUCUGCCCACGCUGCGCCAGUGCGCCAGCGACUCUUCCUGGAGGGUGCGCUACAUGGUGGCCGAGAAGUUUGUGGACCUGCAAAAGGCCGUGGGUCCGGAGAUCACCCGGGUGGAUUUGGUGCCCGCCUUCCAGUACUUGCUCAAGGAUGCCGAGGCCGAGGUUCGUGCUGCCGUGGCCACCAAGGUGAAGGACUUCUGUGCCAACCUGGACAAGGUUAACCAGGUGCAAAUCAUCCUAAGCUCCAUUCUGCCGUAUGUGCGCGACCUGGUUUCGGACCCCAACCCACAUGUCAAGUCCGCCCUGGCCUCUGUGAUCAUGGGCUUGAGUCCGAUGCUGGGCGCCUAUCAGACGGUGGAGCAGUUGCUGCCCCUGUUCCUCAUUCAACUGAAGGACGAGUGCCCGGAAGUGCGCUUGAAUAUCAUCUCGAACCUGGACUGCGUGAACGACGUCAUCGGCAUCCAGCAACUGUCGCAAUCGCUGCUGCCCGCCAUCGUCGAACUGGCCGAGGACUCCAAGUGGCGCGUGCGUUUGGCCAUCAUCGAGUACAUGCCCGCUUUGGCCGGUCAGUUGGGUCAGGAGUUCUUCGACCAGAAGCUGCGCGGCCUCUGCAUGGGCUGGCUCAACGAUCACGUAUACGCCAUUCGGGAGGCGGCCACCCUCAACAUGAAGAAGCUGGUCGAGCAGUUCGGCGCUCCAUGGGCCGAGCAGGCCAUCAUUCCCAUGAUCCUGGUUAUGUCGCGCAACAAGAACUAUUUGCACAGAAUGACCUGCCUGUUCUGCCUGAACGUUUUGGCCGAGGUCUGCGGCACAGAUAUCACCACCAGGCUGCUGCUGCCCACAGUCCUCCUGCUCGCCGCCGAUCCCGUGGCCAAUGUGCGCUUCAACGUGGCAAAGACCCUGCAGAAGAUCUCGCCCUUCCUAGAGGCCAGCGUCAUCGAUGCCCAGGUGAAGCCCACACUCGACAAACUGAACGCGGACACUGAUGUGGACGUCAAGCAUUUUGCUGCACAGGCCAUUGCCGGCAUCGCAGCAGCGUAAUCAACCUUCUUGCAUCUUUUUUAUUCUAUUUUUAAAACUGUAUGUAUUUAACGCCGGCAACAAAACAUAUUAUGUAGCAACAACACUUAAGAACGGAAAUUUGUAGUGGAUCCCCGGGAGGUGUUCAACGCUGCAGCCGAUGCUGGAUAAUGGAUAGAGUUUGGAUUUGGAAGUUAGAGGAUUCGGAAAUUAGAGGAGCGGACCGGAGAAGUGCCACCAUGGCCAGCACGGGAGGGAGAACCACUAAACGCGACACAGCUAAACAUUAUUACUUACAUACUUAUAUUAUAUAUAAAUUACCACAUAGGCAUAAAGAUCAUUAUUAAAAAAAACAUGUGUAGAGUUUGGAACAUUUGAUCGCAUCUGAAUGCAAAAUAAAAUUGUAGUGAAACAACAA